AUGUGCAUCGCAAAGUUUGCCACCAUGCAGACGUUCAUCAUACUCGCCGCAGCAGUGAAGCUUGAGCUCAUUCCCGAGUGGCCCUUGCUUCCCGACGAUACCGCCGACCGCGGCCGCCUGCUUCUGACCGGAAGACGUCAGUGUCAAGACGUAUAUAAUCCGCUCUGCCUCACUGUGUCGUCAGACGUUCAGGAGAAACAGUACAAACGCAUGUCUUUCGAAUGUGUGGUGCUGACCAGCAGUGUCACAGAGGUUGGAAAGCAAGGCUUCAUGCUUGGCACCAUGGGUUACUUGGCGAUUCGUUCCAGAUCCUCGGCGCUCUCAUUGGGCGAACAAAGUUUCAAACGGGUGAACGCUCAAAACACCACGCGUGGCCGUGGAAGUCUCAUCAUAGUUUACGAGGGUGGCGCGAGGACUAAGUCCCAAGUGAGCGAAGGCGCCCAGUGUUUUGACCGCACGACGCUCACAGAGGCUACAGCGUGUGCUGCUCCCACGGCGAGCCCCACGGCGAUCCCCACGGACAGCCCUACCGUCAGCCCGACGGCGACCCCGACGGCGAGCCCGACCGCCAGACCGACGGCCAGCCCGACUCCCGGCGCUGCCCCCAGGCCAAUCACUGCGGCGACACCGACCACCAGCCCGACGGUGGGCCCCACGGCGGGCCCCACGCCGAGCCCGACAGCGACUCCGGCCGCCGGCCCGACGGCCAGCCCGACUGCCAGCAUAUCCGCAACCGGCGACCCACCCCCAUCUCAGGAACAUUCGCGGAGAGCACUUUGA